GUUGUCUCGAUUCACUGAAUCGUUCCUCGUACUUUAUAAUCCGGGAGUUCUCGCUCGUCGUCACCAUUGCUACUACUCUACACGACGCGACAGGAGCGUGUGCGCAGUAAGCGUUUAUUUAUUCCGCGUCUGUUGACGUAGUGAACAUCCACUUUUCAAUGCGCACGGUGCGAUCAUAAUCGGAGUCGUCAUCAUGGCUCCUUCCAUCAUGGAUCCCGGCGAUGCCACGUCAGUACCGGAGACUCUAGACGACUGGUACGACGGCGUCGAAACCACCGUCGUGGCGCCUUCCUUUAACGACUCCCGUCGAAGCACGACCAACGAGUAUGCCGCGCUCCGUCGUCGCUUGUCAAUGCGUCAGCAGUCGAUGCGUCAGCAGUCGACACGUCAGCAGUCCCCACAUCAGCAACAAUCCUCAAGGAGUCGCGCGGCGCUUGCCUCCUCGUUGCGCCCUUCCGCGAGCACAGGCGGAGAGAGGCCUGCAGGCGGAGAGAGGCCUGCAGUCGAAAGCUCCAGAUUCGUUAGUACGAUCCCGCGUUUCGUUAGUAGCGCGUCCGCCGCUGCGCAAUUGCUCUAUCACGUGGGCUCUAUCGACGAAGGCGCAGAAUGGGAGGCGGACGACGCCGAGGGGAAAGAGCCACCGCGCGGGGUAGCUAUUGGGGAAAGCGGAGAGGAUGGGGGGAACAGAGGAUGGGGGGAACCCAGCGGGGAAGAAGCAUUCACGCGGGAGGGCGGCGGCGGGGCUGCGUCAGGGGGAAGCAGAGAAGGGGCGGAUCGAGCAGGCGGCGGGCGGAGGAUCGGACGGGCGAAGCUCGGGAGAACGAGCUUCGCUGCUGGCACGUGGCACGUCGGCGUCGACGACGAUGACGACGACGACGGCGAGGAGGAUAGGAACGAGGACGCGACACAGCGCCGGGACUACGGUGGUGGUAGUGAGAAUACCAAUGCACCACCGUUCGUCGGGGGGCGCAGCAGGGUCUCCUUCGGGCCUAACGCGUGGCACGCGGCCGCCACUGGUUCCGACGUCUCUGCCGCUUCAGCCCCCAGGCACGAGGAUCCCCGCAGCUCUGGGGACGAUUCCAAUGACUCGGACGAGCCGAACGAGUCGGACGAGCUCUCCUCAGCGUCGUUCUACAGCGAGCUGUUCGGCAUUGGAGAGGCGCCGCUGAUCAACCUCAUUCGGCGCUACCACGACGCCCUGCGGGCCCACGGGCUGGAGGGCGAGGCACGGCAGAUCGCUGCGUCCGCCGCUGCCAGGCUGGUUAGUAUUAAGAGCAUGGCGCCCGCCGGGCGGGGGAGAGGGGGAGCGGGAGGCGGUGCAGGGCUGCGGCCCAUGGAGUCGAUGAGGAGCGAGGUGAUGGUGCGGGAGGGGCUGCAGAGGUACCUCAUUGCCAUGCAGCCGCACCUGCUGUGCGCGCAGCCGCAGGUGGUGGCAUUCAGCCACGUGGCAGUGACGAAGAAGGUGGAGGUCAUCCCGGAUCAAAUCAAGAACUGCCUCAACGCGCCGUAUUUCAAGCUCAAGUCCAUCGCGGGGUGGCAGAAGAAGGAGACCGUUCAAGUGCUCAAUGAUGUCUCGGGCUUCCUCAUGCCAGGGACUCUCACUCUGCUCCUCGGAACCUCGGGCAGUGGCAAGUCAACCCUCAUCCGCCUUUUAGCCGGCCGGCAGCCCCCCACUGCCGGCGCCGUCACCUUCAACGCCCUCCCCGUAACCCCCUCGCGCGCGCACCGCCUAGCUGGAGUCGGCUUCGAGGCGGACUGCCACCUGCCGGCGCUGUCGGUGCACGAGACGCUGUCGUUUGCGCGGCAGUGCUCGUACCCGCUGUCAGUGCAGCAGCUGCUGCAGCACCCCAUGCUGGGCAAGGCGCUGAGGGCCAGCAUUGAGCGCGGCGAGGACCCCCUCGUGGCGUCCAGGGAAGCCAUGUUUGGACUCACCAGGCGCGCUGGAGAGCGAGUGGGGUCGGGGGGGCUCUCCCGGGACGAGGUGCACCGGCUGACUGCGGCUGAGCUCAUGGUUGGGGCGUACCCGGUGCUGCUGUUUGACCGCAUCAGCCAGGUGUACGACGGGCCGUCCACCCACAAGACUCUCACCAUGCUGCGCACCCACGCCCAGGUGCGGCAGCACGCGGUGCUGUGCUCGCUGCAGUGGCCCACGCAGGCUGUCUUCUCCCUCUUUGACCGGGUCAUUGUGCUCAACGAGGGCCAAAUCGUCUUCCAGGGACCCUGCCAUGCGUCUCUUAGGCACUUUCAGCAAUUGGGCUACCUGAAGCCGCUGCACAUGUCGGUGCCGGAGUACCUGCAGCACGUCACCACGGAGGGCGGGGGGGCCCUCCGAUUGGGCAAGAAGAAGCUGCUACUGGACGGAUUCGUGCGGGAAUACGAGAAGUCCCCUCAUUACAAGAACAUUCUUCGUGUCAUAAGCCACCCCACGCCUCUUCUCCUCCUCUGGAUUUCGGGGCCGGCAUGCCACGUCCUUUCCCGCGUCCGCUGUGCCCUUGCUGACGUGGCACCCGAUGCAACGCCAGCUGCAGAUCCAAGCGCUUCAGACGCUGCCACGUCAGCAUCGGAUGGCGAGAGGUCGAAGCGGGAGGAUCACCCAAACGCUGCAGCAGCAGUAGCCAAUGGAGCUGCGGAGAGCAAAGGAGAAGCAACGCCAACCCCCUACCAAGCAGUGGUGGUCACAGAGGCGCGGAUCUUCUUUGAGGGGGCCGGGGGGGGAGGGCAUCUGAAGGAGGGCGUGGAGGCAACAGGGCCGCUCAUGGGCAUGCUGGAGGAGCUCAGGGACAGCAGCGCCUGGCUGCACCUCGAGCUGCAGCGCCCGCUCACUAUAGUCACACAGGCAAAUGACACCUCACAGAAAGCAACCGCACAAGACGCCACAACCCAAGACGCCAGCGCCCAAGACGCCACCGCCCAAGAGGCCUCCUCCAGCACGGAAACCGCGCAGCUGAUAGCUCCUCCCCAACAACCAGCCGACGAUGACGUGGAUGUCCAUGUGGAAGCACCAGCACCCACAGCUGGUGCGCGCACGUGUACCACCAGUGCCGCAGGUGUGGGCGGGAGCGUGGAAGCUGCUGCCCAUGGUAACGGCGAGGAGGGCAGCGGGGCUCUGGCCGAGCGUGCUAACGACGAUGAAAGGCGAGGUCUAGUGGCCUGUGAUGCAGGGGCAGGGCUCUUCCCCGGGAGUUCAGGUCUCCCUGGGUCAGGCCCUGAUGGCGAGGGAGAGGGAGAGGGCGCAGCAGCAGCGAGCGGAAAGCGGCGCAAGCCUCUUCGCAUUAAAUCCCUCCCCAAAGCCUUCCCCCGCGCCAUCACCUCGGCCUUCAAGAACCUCAGCUUCGGGGCGCUGAGAGGCAAGAGCAGCAAGGCGUUCCUGCAGCUCCCACGCAUGGGCAUUGGGGCACUUAAAGCCAUGAACCUGUCGGCUGCGGCGGCGGCGUCGAGGGCAGCAGCCAUGGCGGGGCUGUGGGGGGGCGCGAAUAGGGAGCUGCUGAGCAAGGAGCUCAUUCUGGAGCCGUGGCCCGAGUUCAAGCUGCUGCUGCAGCGGCAGCUGAGAGUGAAUAUGAGGAAUCGCAGCUUCAUUGCUGCGCGCCUGCUGCUGGUCACUCUCUUGGGCCUAUUCGUGGGUUUCGACUUCUACCAGCUCCCAGCAGACCCCCCGUCCUUCGCGCACCUGAAUCUGCGGCGCGGCGUGAUGCAGAUCUCGCUGAUCACCAUGACCGUCAACAACGUCAGCCUGCUGCCGGGCUACAUGCUGGAGCGCCAGGUCUACUUCAAGCACCGCAGCGCACGCUUCUUCCGCACGCGCUCAUAUGUGCUCGCACAGCUCAUCGCCGGCUUGCCACUAUCUAUAGUCGAGGCGACCAUCUGGUCGGUGCUGGUGUAUUUCCUCUCGGGCCUGAACCUCUCUGACUACGGAGCGCACUUCUUCAUCUUCCUCGCUGUGCUCGCCCUCGUCGCCAUCCACGGUGCCGCCAUGAUCCGAUUCAUCUCCUUCGCCGCUCGCUCGCUGCGCUCCGCCGCCUUUGCCGCCGCCCUCUUCAUGGGCCCCGGCAUGUUCCUCUUCGGCCACAUCCUCGUAGCGAAAGCGCUUAUACCGAGCUUCUGGAUCUGGCUAUACUGGAUCAACCCCAUGCAGUGGGCGUCGACGGUGCUAGCGAUCAACGAGCAGCGGCAAUACGCCCCUGUGAAGUUCUGCCCGGACCAGGUCCCUGCUACCAUGCCGUACUGUGUGGGGAGGGGGGGAUGGCCGCUCGGUAGAGCGUACAUGGAAGAGUACAGCUGGAACUACGAGUGGGGGUACAUGAUUGCCGGGCCGUUCGUGAUUCUCGCGUGGAUUGGGAUGUGGACUGUGGGCACUUUCCUGAGUAUGCGCCCCAGCCACUACAAGGGCUUUGCGCCCCCUGUGAGGGUGCUGAGUGAGAGCAAGCAAGGCGUGAGGCGGGUGAUUGGCAGGGAGGGUGGUGAAGAGAAGGACGAAGGGGCGGAAGGAGCAGUAAGGGGAAGAGGAGGGGGCAGGGGAGGGGCCAACGGAGGGAAGGUUUCAAAGGGGACAGGAAUGGCUGCUGCUGUAGCGAGGGUAGGGGGGGCAGCAGCAGGGGCAGCAGGAACAGCAGGAGCAGCAGGAGCGGCAGCAGUGGCAGCAGCAGGGAGGGCAGCAGGGGUGGUGACAGGGGCCACAGCUCAGGUGGCGUCGGUGGCAGGAGGAGCCAUAGCCGCCGCAGGGGGAGUGGUGGCCGCAGCAGGAGCAGCAGCAGUGACGGCUGCCAGGCAGGGGAUGGCUGGUGGCAAGGAGAAAGCUUCGGAAGGCGGGGAUGGCCGUUUUGAUAAGGCGUGCGAAGGAGCGCUGACAGGAGCACAGGCAGGAGCAGGAGGGAUGGAGAGCGGCACAGAUCUGGAGUGGGGGCCUGUGGGUGGCAUGGGUGGUGGCGGCUUCUCAAGCUAUGCUGCAGCAGAAGAGGAGCAGGCAGCUUCACAAGCUGCAGCAGCAGCAGCAGAGGCAGCGGUGAUAGAGUCCAACAUUCCCUUCACCCCGUACCUCAUCACCUUUGAGGGCCUCUCCUGCACGGUGCCGCUGCCCAGCCAAUCAGAGAGCACGUGGAUGACCUCUCUGGGCAGCAGCAGUGGCCCUGGGGGCGGCAGCGGUGCGGCGAGGAGGAGUGAGCUGAGUCGCAGCCUGGUGCGCGGCGUGACAGGAUGGGUGAAGCCGGGGGAGAUCACGGCUAUCGCGGGGGGCAGGGGCACCGGCAAGACAACGCUGCUCAACUGCAUCGCAGGUCGCAAGGUGCCCGGCCACCUAUCCGGGCGCCUGCUGGUGAACGGUGAGCCGAGGGACGCGCCGUCCUUCCUGCGCAGCACAGCGUACAUCCAGGGCGCGGACCUCUACUACCCCCUGCUCACGCUGCGCGAGGGCCUGCUGUACCGCACCGCGCUCACACUGCCUGAGCAAGUGGACGGCACGCGGCGCCGCGCGUUUGUGGCUCAGAUCCUGGAGCUGAUGGAGUUCAGAGGGGGCGUGGCGGAUUGCUUGGUGCAGGAUAUUCUGGCGGAUAGUGUGGGGUCGGCGUAUGUGGAGAAGCGCAUUGUGUUUGCGAUGGAGAUGGCGGGGAAUCCGAGUGUGAUCUUCUUUGACGCGCCGUUUCUCAGGAUGGACACCACUGAGGUCGCCAAGUUCUCCGGCAUGCUCAAGCAUGUGGCGGGCGUGUGGGGGCGGGCGAUGGUGGUGGUGUCGAACGCGGUUACCGCGUUCCAUCUGAACGCCUUCCACUCGCUGCUCAUGCUGGGCAGCGGCGGCGAGAUGGUCUACUUCGGCCCCGCGGGGAGAAACGGCCACGCGCUCGUGGAGUAUUUCUCUGCCAUCCCCGGCACCCCCCCGGUGCCCCCAGACACGAACCCAAUCAUCUUCAUUGAGAAUCUGCUGGGCGACGCCCGUCACCAGCGCGCCACGGCCUGCGACUACGCGGUGGAGUACCGAGUCAGCGACCUCGCCAUGCUCAACGCGCACCGCCUCUCCGCCCUCCGCCGAGGGGGCGCUGCCGCUGCUGCUGCUUUUGCUGCCAGGGCUGCUGCUGCUAACUUGGAGGCUGCGAAAGUGGUUGCUGGCAGUGAUGCUGCUGCUGGUGCUGGAGGUGCUGGUGGUGGUGGGAGGGGGAUGGGGGGAGUGGGAGCAGGGAGAGGAGGUGAUAUGGUUGACGAGAGUGGUGCUGCUGGCAUGGCAGUGGUGGCGUCUGAGUCAGCGUGGUCCCUGCAAGCCCUGGAGCAGGAGGAGGCCAUAGCGGCGGAGGGGGCGGACGCGGUGGCAGGGGAGAUCGAGGAUGAAGAGGCCAUCAUUGCUCUCAGCGGUGCCUCGGGGGAGAAAGAGGGAGACGGCGAAGUGUGUGGAAGGGAGGUUGGAUGCCAAGGAAUGCUGAGGCACAGAGGAGCCUCUGCUGCAGCGGUAGCUGCCGCGGCAGCAGACGCGGCAGCAGUUGAAUGGCAGCAGCAAGGGGAGGACGGCUCAUCAGACCACCCCUCCACCCUCCACCACUCCACGUCCCUCCAGCCCCUGCUCACACGCUCCCCAGCUCUCUCCUCUUCCACUCCCCCCAGCUCUUUUCGCAAGAUCCUGGCCGUUCAUUACACGAUCCACCUCUUCUACUGGCGCAACACGUCGCACUCACUCAACCGGAUCGUCCAAUCCGCCAUCCUGGGCCUCCUCAUCGGCUCGCUCUUCUUCCAGUACUCCGUGCACAAUCUGCUGGCGGCCACCACGGCGCAGGCGUUCCCCUUCGCCGUGCUGGCGUUUGGCACGACGUGCCAUGGAGGCACGGCGGUGGGGCUGGUGAAUCAGACCAAGAAGGUGUUUGCACAGGAGCGGGUGUACAACCAGAACUUCGCUCUGCUCUACACGCUCGCGUAUACUCUGGUUGAGAUCCCCUACCUUCUCCUCACCUCUCUCGCGCUGGUCAGCGUGGCAGCGCCGCUGGCCGGGCUGGCGGUGGGCAGCGCGGGCACCUUCUUCUCCUUCGGCCUCACGCAGUUCCUCGCCGCCCUCGCUGUCACCUACUUUGGCUUCCUGCUCUCCGUCCUGCUGCCCCAACCCAAGUAUGCAGCAGUGGUGAUUUCAUUCCUCAUCACAGCAUGGGUGGCCACGUGCGGCUUCUUCCUGCCCUUCGCCUUCACCAAGAACUUCUUCCUCGCAGUGUACUGGACCAACCCCAUUCAGUACGCCCUCAAUGGGCUAACAGCAGCGGCAUACUACUGCAACACAGCAGCACCAGAGUGCUCCCUCCCAGGCUGCCCCAGCGCCGCCGCUAUCUGCGCCAGCUGCCCCUGCAAGUGGUACCUCAACCCUGUCAAGGGCCCCGAGUACCUCUGGGAUUUUCUCGUUGCCACCAAGUCCGCGCGCUCUGCAGUGUACUGGGACUGGCUCUUCCUGCUCUGCUUCUGCCUCGUGUGCCGCGUCGCUGCCUUUGCGGCUCUCCGUUUUCUCCGUCACAACCGCCACGCCUGAGGAGUACCUCCGCUUAACUAUUUGAAACGGCCCUGUAACUAGUACCUCAAGGCUCCACCCGUGAAAGGCCAUGACCGCGACCACGACCGCGACCCCAAAUACCUCUCAGCCUGGGACUUUCUAGUUGACACCAAGUCAGCGCGCAGCGCAGUGUACUGGACUGGCUCUUCCUGCUCUGCCCCGUUGCUGCCUCUACUUCUUUCCGCUUCCUGCGACGCAAGCGCCACGACUAACCAGUGCCUGUGCAAGGAGCUCUGGUGGGGGCUCCCUUCGAAGGCCCGCCUUCCAAUCUUGGCAGAGCAGGGUCCUCGACAUUAGACAAAAUCCGUGUGUUUGUCUGAUUUUCAGACUCUUUUUUAGGCGUUCAUCUGAUUUUUUAGAAACCCAAUUAUUGAAUUUCUGAUGCCCUAGAAAGUGAUUUUGUAUCCUUCUGGUAUUUCAGAAUGGGUGUACGCGUCCUUC